AAAAGAGUGGAGCUCGAGGACAUCUCGCGAGCCCCCCCCCCUCAGAGGGAGCCCACCCUUCGGUGAUGCCGACUGCAGUGUGUAUAAUAGCGGCGAGGGAAGCUCUGGGAGUCUAGGAGGAGCUGCGGCAAGGUUGAAAACAGCAUCCUGCCUUGAACAAGAGGAAGUACAGAGGUGGACGGGAUUAGGUCCGGCGGUUAGCGCGUGAAGGUAACCGGGACAGUUUGGAUUUACUGCCGCGGAAGAAGGAGGAAGAGAGCGGCUGAAAGUUUCCAGCCUGUGUGUUAGCCUCAUGUUCCGAGGCAGCUAACGAGCUAUCCUUCACCACUAACUUACCGCUCUCCUCACGGCUGCCCUGCGCCUUUUCUCCCGGGCACAGCAGCGUGUUCGUCCCUCUACAUUGGAAGCUAGCUGUGCGUUUGUCACGGAGCACCUCCGGGGCUUUCACGCUCCUUCCAGUUAGUUUUGCGCGCCGUAGCGUGGCUUCCCCCCCCCACACGGUUUCACGUUCAUUUGUGUUUUUUGUGCCAUGUCAGCGCCAUCCUCCGCGCCUUCCGCCCCGGCAGAGAGCGCCGCGACGGAAACUGAUUUUCUAGCGCCGGAUCCGGCGCUGAGGCCGCCCGGUCCGACGCCUAGCCAGAGCCGCUUCCAGGUGGACCUUGUGGCUGAGGCAGCGGGCGCCACCGAAGAUAAGUCCCCCAGCUCCGACGCAUCCACCACCGUCCCAUCCAGCGAUAAGGCAACUCCCACCGCUUCUCUCGAUGGUCCCGGUGCUGAUCCAGGAGCGGGCGGAGAGGAAGCCAAGGGCCGGUUUCGGGUGGUGAACUUCGCGGAUCCGAGCGGAGCGGGAAGCGCGGCCUCUUCGGAGGCAGCGCCGGUUGAGGGGCUCCAGAACGGCGACACGGUGAUGAGCGAGACCAGCCUGCAUUCAUCCACGGGGGGCCAGCAUCACUAUCACUAUGACACCCACACCAACACCUAUUACCUGAGGACUUUUGGCCACAACACCAUCGAUGCCGUGCCCAACAUCGAUUUCUACCGGCAGACAGCAGCCCCACUGGGGGAGAAGCUCAUCAGACCCACCCUGUCGGAGCUGCACGACGAGCUCGACAAGGAGCCGUUUGAGGAUGGGUUUGCCAAUGGUGAUGAGCUGACCCCGGCCGAGGAGGCUGCUGCUAAAGAAUCAGCCGAUUCGAAAGGAGUGGUCAAAUUUGGCUGGAUCAAGGGGGUGCUGGUCCGCUGCAUGUUGAACAUUUGGGGUGUGAUGCUCUUCAUCCGCAUGUCAUGGAUCGUGGGUCAGGCUGGAAUUGUUCUCUCCUGUUUGAUCGUUGCCAUGGCUACCGUAGUGACAACCAUCACCGGCCUCUCCACCUCUGCCAUCGCCACCAACGGAUUUGUACGAGGAGGUGGAGCAUAUUACUUGAUUUCGAGGAGUCUGGGCCCAGAGUUUGGAGGCUCUAUUGGUCUGAUCUUUGCGUUCGCCAAUGCAGUGGCUGUUGCCAUGUAUGUCGUUGGCUUUGCAGAAACUGUAGUGGAACUUCUCGCCGGAGCAGAUGCCAUCAUGACAGACGAAACCAACGAUAUCCGAAUCAUUGGCACCAUCACUGUAAUCCUUCUCCUCGGCAUCUCUGUGGCAGGAAUGGAAUGGGAGGCCAAGGCCCAGAUCUUCUUGCUAGUUGUCCUCAUCACAGCCAUCAUCAACUUCUUCAUCGGGACCUUCAUUCCCGUCAAGUCGAAGGAAUCUGUGGGCUUCUUUGGAUACGACAGUUCAAUCAUGUGGGAAAACAUGGGUCCGAAUUUCCGAGAAGAAACGUUCUUCUCUGUCUUUGCCAUCUUCUUCCCUGCAGCCACUGGUAUUCUGGCUGGAGCCAACAUUUCAGGAGACCUUGCUGACCCACAGCUGGCCAUUCCCAGAGGAACCCUUCUGGCCAUAUUGAUCACAGGAAUAGUCUACCUGGGCGUUGCUUUUUCAACAGGCUCCUGUAUCGUGAGAGAUGCCAGUGGAAAUAUGAAUGACACACUCAGUUCUCAGUUCAUGGCGAACUGCACAGAUGCUGCCUGCAAAUUUGGCUAUGACUUCUCUUCCUGUAAGAGCGAUAAAGACGGCUGCCGCUAUGGCCUCCAUAAUGACUUCCAGGUGAUGAGUGUGGUUUCUGGUUUUGGGCCCAUCAUCACGGCUGGGAUCUUCUCUGCCACGCUGUCCUCAGCUCUGGCCUCUUUGGUCAGUGCACCCAAGGUUUUUCAGGCUUUAUGUAAGGACAACAUCUACCCCGGCCUGGGCAUGUUCGCCAAAGGCUACGGCAAGAACAACGAGCCCCUCCGAGGCUACAUCCUGACCUUCGGUAUCGCUCUGGCCUUCAUCCUCAUCGCCGAGUUGAACGUAAUUGCGCCCAUCAUCUCCAACUUUUUCUUGGCGUCCUACGCCUUGAUCAACUUUUCUGUGUUCCAUGCAUCACUGGCUAACUCACCAGGCUGGCGUCCCAGCUUCAAAUACUACAACAUGUGGGUUUCUCUUGCUGGAGCUAUACUGUGCUGUGUGGUGAUGUUUGUCAUCAACUGGUGGGCUGCUCUUCUGACCAACGUCAUUGUUAUGGGUCUCUUUAUCUACGUCAGCUACAAGAAGCCAGAUGUGAACUGGGGCUCAUCGACCCAGGCUCUGACCUACCACCAGGCCCUGACCCACACUCUGCACCUCAGCGGAGUGGAGGACCACAUCAAGAACUUCAGACCCCAGUGUUUGGUGAUGACUGGCUACCCCAACUCUCGUCCAGCUAUUCUUGACCUGGUGCACAGCUUCACCAAGAAUGUGGGCCUGAUGAUCUGCGGUCAUAUUCGCACGGGCUACAGAAGGCCAAACUUCAAAGAUCUGGCCACAGACCAGGCCCGGUACCAGCGCUGGCUGUUGAAGAAUGAGACCAAGGCCUUCUACACGCCGGUGUUUGCUGAGGACAUGAGGCAGGGCACACAGUACCUGCUCCAGGCUGCCGGCCUGGGUCGCCUCAAGCCGAACACACUGGUGCUGGGCUUCAAGAACGACUGGAGGGAUGGCGACAUGAUGAACGUGGAGACUUACAUCAGCAUGAUCCAUGAUGCCUUUGACUUCCAGUUUGGUGCUGUUAUUCUGCGACUGAAAGAGGGCCUGGAUGUGUCCCAUAUCCAAGGACAAGAUGAUUUGCUGUCCUCCCAGGAGAAGUCCUCAGGGAUGAAAGAUGUGAUCGUGUCCAUAGACACCAGCAAAGACUCUGACGCCGAUUCAUCCAAGCCGUCCUCCAAAGCCACCAGCCUCCAGAACAGUCCGGCUAUACAGAAAGAUGACGACGACGACGGCAAAGCUACAACUCAGCCCCUGUUGAAAAAAGACAAGAAGAGUCCGACUGUACCGCUGAAUGUGUCUGACCAGAGGCUGCUGGAGGCCAGCCAGCAGUUCCAGAAGAAGCAAGGAAAGGGCACAGUGGACGUCUGGUGGCUGUUUGAUGAUGGAGGUCUGACCCUGCUGAUCCCCUACCUCCUGACCAACAAGAAGAGGUGGAAGGACUGCAAGAUCCGCGUCUUCAUUGGAGGCAAGAUCAACAGGAUUGAUCACGACCGCCGAGCGAUGGCCACUCUGCUGAGCAAGUUCAGGAUAGACUUCUCGGAUAUCACCGUGCUGGGAGACAUAAACACCAAGCCCAAGAAGGAGCACACGGCGGCCUUUGAGGAGAUGAUCGAGCCGUAUCGGCUGAAGGAAGACGACAUGGAGCAGGAGGCGGCGGAGAGGCUGAAAAACAGCGAACCCUGGAGGAUCACCGACAAUGAGCUGGAGCUGUACCGCGCCAAGACUAAUCGUCAGAUCAGACUCAACGAACUGCUGAAGGAGCACUCAAGCACAGCCAACCUCAUCGUCAUGAGCCUGCCGUUGGCCAGGAAGGGGGCGGUGUCCAGCGCUCUGUACAUGGCCUGGCUGGAGGUGUUGUCUAAGGACCUGCCGCCCAUGCUCCUGGUGCGUGGCAACCACCAGAGUGUCCUCACCUUCUACUCUUAAAUCCACGCACGGAGAAGAAAAUCCAAGUUUUUAAGUCUCACAUCCACUUCUGCUUCUGGGAGCAGAUCCACAUACACAUCCCAGUUCCAGUCCAAACCUAGAGGUGCACCACAUACACUCCAGAGACGGUAGAAAACACAGCCACUGAUGGAAACAAUGCUGGCAAUAUGAAUAAAGAUGAAGGUAGUGAUAUUGGAUGAGAUGUGUAAAAGCCCUACAAGUGAUAGAGGAAUGUCAGGGUUGGGGCGGGGGGUGGUUGUAAGGUUGGCCACUCUGCUCCUUUCUUUCUAUUUAUUCCAAGAUGUCUGGGUUUUUCUCUUGUAGCUCUAGUUUCUUCUAAUUUCCUCAUGAAAAUUUAAGUUUUGUCAAAGUUGAUUUCUCUCAGGCUCCAAAGCAGUCGUGCACAAUGUCCACAUUGUUCUCAUGAUAUGGAAUAUCUUGAUGUCAUACUUGUUAAGCAAAUUGGACCAGUUGUUGUGUUUGUGAUGCAGCAAUAAUCACCCUGUUGUUUUCCUUAAAUAUUGGGAGAGAACCAUGCAGAAAGCUUUGCAACACCGUCUAAAGCCUUAUGGAUGUGCCUUCCAGUUGAAUCAGAUGAAAUAAUUAUAAUCUCUAUCUAGAUUGACAAUAUUACCUAUUCUACUGGUAUAUAUUGAUUAUAAUAGUUAGUUUUACUGAGUUUUAAAUGUGAUUCUUUCUUAGUUGGAGCAUUGUAUUUAUGCGAGUGGAUUGCAUGAAUUUAAUGAAGGGUGUCCACUUGAUUGCAUGAAGACUUUCUCUGUCGUUUCUCUUUCACCCUAAUCAACGUGUUUAUUUUGGUUUUUUAUUUUUUAUUCACUUUUGAGUCUUCCUUUUUAAAGCUGUUGAAUAUUUACAAUAGCCUCAGCUACUCGACACAAGACACAAUUUAUCUUUUAGGCGCGUCGCCUAAAAAAAAUGUUUGUACGGGUCUUAAAUUUAAGAUCUUGUUGUUUGUCAGAAAAGAUGUGAACAUAGUUUCCCGUUAGCCUUGUCAGGUGGAAAGACUAUCUCUCCCGUGUAGCUGCUGAUCGACUAAAUUAAGUAUUUCUUUCAACAACUGUUUCUGUGUCCACGUGUAUGGUUCUUCCCCUGAAAAGAAACGGCUCGACCCAACUAGCUAGUUAAAACCUUGCCUUAAUGCUAGAACUAACGAUUGUCAGGAGUUCCUUUUCUCUUAUAAGCCAUACUGGCUGGACGGUUUGUGGGUAAAUGCAGAUAGCGAUCCAUUGGUAGCGUGUUAGCACAGUUGUCUCGACUGUAUCUUACUUUUCCUCCCGUAGUCCACCCGCAUUAGUCUGUUACAGUGCUUACUGUAGGCCUGCGUGUUGCUGGUGAAGUGACUAAUCAACAGAUGGUAACAUAUAUUCCACUUUGCCAGCGUUGGUGCCACAGUAGUCUUGGGUUUUGCACUCCUGUCUCGCUGCUUGUUUGUCUGGGUGUAUGAUGGACUGCUGGUCUCCCAUUCCCACAAAGCCUAGAAGAGCAGAGAGAAUGAACGACACGCAAGCUUCACACUGGAAGACUUGCUGGCAGGAAGAAUGUGACGUUAGAAUGUGUCGAGGCUGAGUGAAGAUAUACCUCUAUGCAUUUGAGCUUGUGUUGCGUAAGUACUUGUUUGCUCCUUCACGUGAAAGGAUCUACUCGCCUCAGUUCAUAAGGAACACUUUAGGCAAGUUCCUUUCCUUUACACUAGUUAUUUUCUACAAGAACACUUGCUUGUAGUCUUUUUAAGGGUACCGUGGCUUUAAGAAAAGCCAUGAAUAGAUCAUUUCACAGUUUUAAACACUGAGGUUCUCAAUAGGUCAAAUGUAUUCCCCUGUUCUAACCUGGUCAUAGAGAUGUCGACUUGGCCAGAUUAUUUUAAACCUGAAACAGGUUUCUGAUGUUACUAAUUGGCACCUGCUACUUUUUGCAGUGGCAAGGUUACAUUUAUUCUGGCGGUGUGUUCAGACUGAAUGCAAAGUGAACUUUAGAAGCGCUGCCCUUGCUUAGAAAAACAAUACACAAUGAACAAAGACACAGGUGGAUGGAAGUUCACACUGGGCAGCCCGGAGUGAGGCAAAAAUCCACAGGAGCUGAAACUGAUGCUCACCCCAAGUACGACUUCCAAUUCAUGAAAAUAGGAAGGCUAGAAAACAAUCUGAUGAGUCUUUAGACAGGUUACAGCAAACAUCUGUACAACAAUUAAAGGCAAUUUCACAUCAAAUUUGCAUGAAUAACUGAAUUGGCUUAAGUAGCACCACAUAAAUGUUCUAUUUGAGUGAAUUGCCCUGCAAAAUGAAUCAUUCUGUUGACAUCAUUAAUAACAUGAGGCCAUGGUAUAAGAGGGAUAAUGCACAGCUCAUUGUGGAUUAUCCCAGACUUCCCGUGUAAUGUCAGCAGUUAACAGGAAAGUGAACUUGGACCUAAACUGCAACACAAUUCGAAAGAAAAGGUCUAUUAUGGCCACUGAGGAUUAUGGAUAUUGUUAAAAACUGCCACAAGACUAAUGUAAUAAAACAGGGUUUUCUUUAUUUGUUAUGUACCUUUCUCUGCGUUUCCCCCAGAAACAGGCAGGUUUAGCAUUUACCUCGUGACUUUCAUGUACUUAUGUCCUUUACUGUAUGCAAUUUCAACAGAGGAAUGUGACACGAUUCUUAGGUUAGUUGAAUGUACUGUAUUAUAACGAACACUACCGCUAGGAGUUAGCAUACAUUGUGUCCUUUUGUUUUCCAUUCUUCUCAUGAAUAUGAAUUGUUUCCUGCUUAGACUGCAGUUAGCACAGUGCAGUGUACCGUGUCAGCUUCACUGUUCAUACAGCUGCAUCCCAUCAUUCAACACUGUGCUGUUGUUAUGAGUGUAUAUAAGCAUUCAGUACAUACACAUUAACUAUAUACACUCUCAUGGUCACCGGUGUAUUAAAUAUACCCUGAGUACUUUCCAAGUAUGUGAAGCGCAUGUACUGAGUGAACAACUGUAACCCUUUUUCUAACUUUGAAGGCACAGUCAAAGACGAUCCCCGGUUCAUUCACGGCACACAACAGGGCCCCCGAAAUGCCACAAUAUCUUCCCAGCUCAUUGUUAGUGUUAGCGGACGUGUCCGGGUCGGGGUUUAGACCCAACCCACGACAGACAUGUUGACAACCAGACCAGGACGCUGCCCCAUCUAAUUCGACUGAAUUUAAUUUUCACCUUGGUUUAAGGAACCAAGUGGAUCCGUAAAUGUAUGCACUGUGUGUUGUGUGUUUAAACUGAAAGAAAGACAAAACUAAGUACUUUAUAUUUGACCCAAACGAGGGACUAAAAGUCACGAUAUCUCUUCCUUUGCUGCUUUGAUUUUGCUGUUUCUUGAGAUUCACGAGACUUUAUUAAAGUGCAACACUAAAUCACUGCAGGGCCUUUUAAUCACCAGUAGCAUUUCAACGCUACAGUGGAUUGAUGCCUCUCAGUGCCGGUAUUGCAAAAUGCACAAAUCAGCUGUGCAUUGAUUUCUUACGUAGUAACUGCUAAAAGCAUAUACUGUGACCGUUCUUGAACAGUUCAUACUGUACUUUCUGUCAGAUUUGUUUGUAGUAUACAUUUUGGACAGCACCGGUUUCAAAACUUUGGUGAGCUAGUGGGACAUUCUGACAUCUGGGGGCGCUCUUGUGCACUAUAACAAAGUCAAGGACUGUAUCUUUAAACUCGAUCAUUGUUCUGCUGUGAAGCACUCACUCUCUUACUGUUACAGAGCAACAACGUUACAAACAAGACCACGGGUUACUCUAUAUUUGUAUAAUAAAGAAUAUAUAUAUGCCUAUAUAUACACAUAUAUAAAUGUAUCAGUCCGACCUGGAGGGGAUCUUUGUCUUGGAUAUGUCACAUUAAGUGAAACGCAAGGACCUCCUGUCAACAUUUUACAACCAAAUAAUAGUGUAUGUGUGUGUUGUUUUCUUCAUUUAUGUCCUGAUAGAUAGAUUCUGAAGCCUGUCUGACGAUACUACUGUGUUCUACUGAAGAAACCAAAUGUCACCUGUACUCACAUGUCAGCCGCCAUCUCAUCAUUUGACAUCUCCUAAUUAUUGUAUGUAUUUUUUGCCAAAGCCCACCUUCCUCUCCAGUCCCCAUCAGUCAUGUGUCAAGUGAUGAUGAUGGAUGAUAGUGUAAUAAAAUCAAACUGGUCUUUAUAUCUCAUGGUGGUCGACGUCGUCCACACUGCAAACGUAAACUAACCUGUAAAUAAACGUAGUAGUCUAAUGGCAUAAAUUAAGGGAGAGGAUUAAUUAUGUCGAAUUUCAAUAUGGAGAAAGAUAUUUAUUUUAGUUUCUAAUUUUCUCCGCUUUUUUUUUGGUUUUGUCUUUAAUAUCUUGGAUUUGGUUGUAAGUUAAUUUGCAUGUUGAUUUUUUUUUUCUUUUAUUGUUUUGUUGCCUUUUGAUUUUAGCAAAUUGUGUCUUUUUUCUCUUUUUGAGUCUGUGUAUUUCUAUCUUUUCAAUGCCUUUGAAGAAAAGACAUGACAACAAAAGCAGAUCAAACCUGUUUUCUCCUGCUUUCACACAAACGUGGAUGGAAUCGACCCAGCUGGUUGAAGCAGUAAUGUUUUGAUACACUGUACUGUUAACAGUCACAGAUAUGCUUUUUCUAACAUUUUAACAUUUAUGAUUACCAAUACUUUGUACAUCUUUAUUGCAAUAAAUAAAUCAAAUGAAAUCCAUUA